AUGGCGGCUGCUGCUCCACCAUCCCUCCCCGCCAAAUACAAGGCCGUCAUCUAUGACAAGCCGGGCUCCGUCUCUACGGCUGUAACUAUGCUCGAUAUGCCGACGCCUGGCCCGGGAGAAAUACUCGUUCAUCUCACGCAUUCGGGGGUUUGCCACUCGGAUUUCGGCGUCAUGACAAAUUCCUGGAAGUCACUGCCGUUCCCAACGCAACCAGGGCAGGUCGGCGGUCAUGAAGGCGUUGGCUCAAUUGUGCAGAUGGGACCGGGUACCGACAAUGCCGCUGUCAGGUUGGGACAGAGAGUGGGGAUUAAGUGGAUGGCUGGUAUCUGCGAGGCGUGUGAGGCGUGUAGGGCGGGUGUGGAUGCCAGCUGUUUUUCCGGGAAAGUCUCGGGAUACUACACCCCAGGAACCUUUCAGCAGUAUGUCCUCGCUCCCGCAAACUACGUCACACCCAUCCCAGACGCCCUGCCCUCGGAUGCGGCGGCACCACUGCUCUGCGCGGGCGUAACCGUCUACUCAGCGCUGCGCAAGACCAACGCCGAAUCCGGAAAGUGGGUAGUUAUUUCUGGAGCAGGCGGCGGUCUGGGCCAUCUCGCCGUGCAAUUCAGUGCGCGGGGAAUCGGGCACCGCGUCAUUGGCAUUGAUCACAGCAGCAAGAAAGACAUCAUCAUGGAGAGUGGAGCCGAGCAUUUCAUCGCCGUGGACGGCGACCAAGACGUUGUUGAGGCCGUGAAAUCGCUUACAAACGGCCUUGGUGCUCACGCCGUCGUCGUCUGCACUGCCAGCAACAUGGCGUAUGCCCAGUCAGCACAAAUGCUGCGUUUUGGCGGCCGUGUCGUCUGCGUUGGCAUCCCAGAGGGAGAGUCUGUCCCAAUGAAGAGCGCGGUACCGAGUCUCUUGGUUGCGAGUUCACUGCAGAUUGUGGGGUCGGCUGUAGGAUCGCGGCAGGAGGCAAUUGAGACGAUGGAGUUUGCGGCACGCGGCAUCAUCAAGACGCAUUUUAGGACAGAGAAAAUGGACAAGUUGACCGAGGUUUUCCAGGAAAUGGAGCAGGGGCCGAAGAAUAUAGUGACAAUGAAUGAAGAGAAUGGAAGAAUCAUUGUUCCUCUCCCUUCUCCAUCUUUCCAGGCUGCGUAUCAGCUAUAUGAUCCUCUUCAAAAUCCGCUGCAUCGGUUUGGGAAUCGCAUUCUACGUAAAACGCGUGCUUACACUUCAUAUGCAUACCUGGCACCCUGA